AUGGUGACCACGGCCUCUAACACAGCCUUUGUGGCCGAGAUGGCACACCGGUACUGUGAGUUGCUUGAGGAGCAAGACACCGGCAAACUGCAAGAUCAGAUUGCCAAGCUGAAGAAAAAGCAGGUAGUGUCUGAGUCCGAGAAGUCCGAGCUUCAGAGACGGCUUCAAGAGGCCGAGACUAAGGAGGAGGAGGCCGAUGCCACUAUCAAUAGCCUGAGUUCGGCUCUAGAGAGGAGCAGAAAAGAGGAUUUCCGGAGGUCCGAGACCUUCAUCGGGGAUCUCGGCCAGCUGACGAGGCCGACCUUCAUGCUAGGCUUCACGUCGGCUAUUGAUGAUGCCGCGACUCAUAUACCCUCUGAGGCUUUGGAGUCCUUGAGGAACAGCGCCAACUAUAACGAGGAUUCCAAGGAGCUGUGUGAUCGGAUGGCCGAGGGCAUUCAAGCCGGAAGGAACUUGGCCGAAGUCCAAGAUGAGUUCAACAAAUGGCUAGCUGAGCUCGACGAGGUCUUUGAGGAGGAAGGAGGAGAAGAAGUUGGGGGCGACGUCGGCGAGGAGGGUGCCGAAGAGCAAGAAGGAGAAGGAGAAGGGGCUCACCCCGACGGGGAAGAAGCCGGGGAGGCAACUGGCCAAGGGGGAACCGAGACGGAGUCUUAG